GCUAGCAAUACAAUAAGGAGGCCGGCGGCAGCAGGCGGCACUACGAGAGACGGCUGGAGCUUGGGACGUCAACGCUAUAGACAGAGCGGCCGGAGGCGUCCGUCUGCUAGCGCUGCAAACACACAUCUUCAACUCGAAGACAAUGUUCGCUCUCCGGCGGCUGCAGGUUGCACUGCUGCCGUUGUUGGCAUCGUUCCAUACUGGUCACUGCCACUUUCAGUGCCCUCUGGAGUGCGUAGGAACGUUCGUCGUGCCCACCGAGAAGGGCGUGAAGGUGAUCGGUGGCCCGGCCGCCAAGAAGGUGGGCAAAAUUAUAAAUGAUCUCACCGAGACUUGGACAUCAUCGCCAGACGACGAGAUAACCAUCGACGGGAAGAAGGUUCCUGUACCUUCGAAAGUCAAAUCCCAGAUGCGAAACGCACUCAAUAAUUUUCCGGAGCUGUCAACUGUCUUUCUGGAUAUACUUCGGAAACGAGGACCGACAUCUUUGCCAUACGGAAAGCAGCGAUUCUCGUCUCCGGAUUUGCAGGAAGAAGCCGUAACGCCUGGAGGUAACCCGCAGCAUACGACAGUACUAGACGCCCCUUUGUCUCGCCUUCCUGACCAGUUUCGCCCUUCACAGCCUCGGCCUUUUAAAAAACCAGUUGGUUCUGACACAUCGGGUCCAUUGACACGUGUCCCUGGACAACGCAAACCACAGAACAGUCCACAGGCUUCCGAAUCUCCUGAAUUUUUCUUUACAAAACCGUUCAAUCCUGAAACUUCCAGGCCGUCAAAUGACCAACCUUCCAGGCCAGAAGGGCCCCUGGAUUCCAAGAGUGUCGGCUCUAAACGCUCAAAACCGCAAUUUUUCGGGAAACCAGAGGAGCAGGUUCCUAGCGAUAUUGUAUCUUCUGAAUCUGUAGAAUUUGAACCGACCAGUCCAACUGAGAAGUUUCCGCGUUCAAAAAAGACUGAGCCGUUUUUAAAAGGAGCCCAGAAACCGUCGUUACCUGGGGCUUCUGAUCAAUCAAGCCCCGAAGAGUCACUACCUUCAGGCCCUCAGAAUGACUUUCCGUCAAAUUCUAAAAAAUUCAAGCCUCACGGCACUUCAGAGCCUGGAGAGAGUAUACCAGGGGAUAACGAACCCUUCAGUCCAAGUAAAUCAGGCCGCCCUCAGAAUGACUUUCCGUUCAGUUCUAAAACAUUGAAGCCGGACAGCUCUUCAAAGCCUGGAGAGAGUAUACCAGGAGAUAAAAAACCCUUCAGUCCAAGUGAAUCAGGCCCUCAGAACGACUUUCCGUUCAGUUCUAAAACAUUGAAGCCGGACAGCUCUUCCAAGCCUGGAGAGAGUAUACCAGGAGAUAAAAAACCCUUCAGUCCAAGUGAAUCAGGCCCUCAGAACGACUUUCCGUUCAGUUCUAAAACAUUGAAGCCGGACAGCUCGUCAAAGCCUGAAGAGAGUAUACCAGGAGAUAACCAACCAUUCGGUCCAAGUGAAUCUGAAAAACCCAGCAACCCUGAUAACUUUAGUCCUGAAGGCUCUUCCGAGCCUUCCAGUUCAGGUGGUUUCAAUCCCACCUUUUCCAAGGCAAAUCUCGUCCCUUCUCAUCCAACCAGAAGUCCCGAUUCCAAUUUUGCGAAACCUUCAGGUUUCUGGCCUUCCAGUGAGCCGGAACCGCAACCAGCUCGUCCUACCGAUGAACUUCCAACUCCUGAGACAAACGAGAAAACUCCAGAAGUCAGCGUUCCAGAUCACCUUAAAGUUCCACCUAAAGAUGAGCGUGUUCCUGGGGACGUCCGUUCAUACCUUAAGUAUCUGGAAGAUAAUCCUAGUUUAUUCGUGCCUGUUUACAAAAUACUAGUUAAUAAAGGAGUGAGGUUUCCAGACUUACGAAGGCCAUUUGAUCACGUCACUAUCAACGGAGAACGGGCCAACCUUGCUAGGCCGAUCACCGUGGCCUUCUCUGUAAGAAUCAGUCACCGCACUUUCACCUUGCCGCGAGACGCCGACAAGCUUGCCACCUUCGCCUCCCAGCAUCCUGAGCAACUUCCCGCAAUAACAACAGCAAUUCGCCAGCUUGGUGGAACACUGACGCCCGAUAACAGAGGCUGGGUUUCGUCAUUCACGCUGUUUGACAAAAAAACUGAACUGCCGCACUCUGUUGCUCCGAGAAUCAUCGUAAACGGGCGUCCUUUCACACUUCCGAAUGACAUGGAAGAGCUGGUAAGAACCAUCGAAAAACGACCCCAGCUAUUUCACAACAUCCUACCAAUUCUUGAGACAUUCGGCGCACGGCCUCAGAGAUCGCCUUCUGGAGAAAUAAGGUCAAUAAAGUUUCGAGGAAGGAACUUUCCCGUACGCUCUGUGACACCUGUUCCCGUCUUUAUCCGUGGAAGAAGGUACAACAUUCCUGCAGACCUUGAAAGGAUUUUGGCACAACCAGACAGCCAGGUAGUAGGCGAACUCAUUAGUGCCCUCCAGAGAUCCAAGGUGCCGGUGGUCGUCGACAAUGAAACUGGAAAUGUCGUGGGCAUCGAGAGGGAUGGCGUUCGUAUUCCUUUCCCGGUAGCCAUUCGCUUCCGAAUCAAGUUGGGAGGACGAGACUACCUAAUACCACGCGAUCUUCCAUCCAUCGUUACACAGCUGGAGCGACACGGCGUGCCCACCGACGUCCUCACCGUCCUCUACAAUAACUACGGAAUAAUCCCGGUUCGCGGUCCGAACCACGACGUCACCGCUAUUGAGUUCAACGGGAAGCGCUAUCCGAUCAAACCGCAACCUAAAACAAGUAUAGAAGUUGGAGGCCACCGCCUAAUGCUGCCAAGGGACAAUCACAAACUUGUUCGCCUAAUUCAGGAACGCAAGAUACCGCUGGAUCAGUUCCUCCGCACGAUUCAGAAUUCAGGAUACAGGCUUGUGUCAGGACCCGACGGCGUGCUGCAGACGGCCCACAAAGGAUACGAAGUCAUCAAACUUCCUGUGGGCAUUCGCAUGCUGUUCAGCAUAAGCGGCGUCACGUACAGGAUACCGCAAGACAUUCCACGCAUCGUCAAACUGCUUCGUACUGUCAGAAAUGAAGUCGCUAUCGACAAGAUCCUGGGCAACCUGAAAACGUUCGGCGUUGACGUCCGCAAGGGACCCGGCCAAGCGACACUGAGCUUCAACGGCGAGAAGCAAACGUUUCCCUUGAAUCCGGAGCGUACAUUCCAUAGUCCAGGCACAGGUGGUAUACCGGGGUCAGUAGUAAGCGUCAACUUCAACGGCCGCUGGUACCACCUUCCUAAGGACGCCAAGGACCUGGUAAUGGUCGUUCGCGCAAGCGGUCCUGAAGUCAUUCCUCUGCUCGUCAAGACUCUGCAGUCGAACGGCGUCAAAGUGAAUCUCACGCCGAGCGGCGACGAUAUCGUCUCUUUCGUAAUACAGGGUAGAGUAAUCCCGGUGCCUAGCAAUGGCGGCAAAAUUACCCACCAAAAGAAAGCACCUACAAGUUACGCCCAAGGCAGCGGUGACGACAGUUCAAAUAGGUUCCGCGUUGCCAUCCGCGGUCACCAGUUCGUGGUACCGGACGACGUCGGCCGCCUGCCCAAGCUCCUGCCGGGCUUCCAGUACGGCGAACUCAUCGCAGCGCUUCACCGAGCGGGCCACAAAUUGAAGGUGGAUGAAAAAGGCAUGUUCUACGGCAUGCGCGUUCGCGGUGGCCGGCUGGUUAAGUUCCCGAUCAGAUUCAGCGUCAGCGUGUUCGCGGACAGAAAGGGAAGGCCGUACCGUGUGCCAAAAGAACUAGAACAGCUGGCGCGGGUGCUGCCGUUGCGCCGUUGGAACUGGAACGCGGUGCGUAAGACUCUUGAAAACGCCGGUAUCGAGGUGAGUGGCGGAAACGGGGGCGCGCCACACUUCAUCAGCUUCGAGGGGCGGGUCUUCAGGGUUGGUAAAAGCCACGACGGCGCAGGGUAUUGACAGGCAGGAAGCGUGACCAAAAAGAGAGCCGGGAGGGUGUGUUUCUUCCAGCUCUUUCUCAUAAACAUCAUGUUGCCAAACAUAAACCGAACGUCCUCACCUGCCACUGCGAGCUUUCACUUAACAGCCGGUCGUUUGAUAUCAAUAAACCGAUGUGUGAGCGUCAU